CCUUCAAAAAUAAUGAUGGCAGUUUCUUCUCCUUUGUUUUCUAACUUUGGCGUGUGUUUGGCAGAUCCCAAAAACCAAGAAGUAAACACUAUAGAAGCUCCAGUUUCAAGAGGUAUUAAUAUUAUUCCUGUUCAUUAUUCAUCAUCUCAGCCAAGUAUCGUACACAGUGAAUUCAAGAAUUUUGAUCGUGAUCAUUUAGAUGGAACGGUGAAGAAGCUUAAUCACAAUGCAAGUGAACGUGAUCGCAGAAAAGUUUUUAAUAGCUUGUGUUCUUCUCUUCGUUCUUUGCUUCCAGCUACUGAUCAUACGAAAAAAUUAAGCUUUCCAGCCACAGUAGCAAGAGUGAUAAAGUACAUACCAGAUUUAAAGAAAGACGUGGAAAGAUUGACACAGAAGAAAGAAGAUCUCACAUUAAGAUCUAUCCCUAAGAAAGAAUAUUCUGCUGAUUUUAAUAAGCAAACAAUAAGAGGAGGAAUUCAGAGUUCUUUAUCAGUUAUCUCAGCAAAUCAAGUGGGAAAUAGAGAAGUCAUAAUUCAUAUAUCUAUUUUGAAGAUCAAUAAGAGUUCGUUUGCUGAAGCUGUAUCAGAAUUAGAGGACGAAGGACUUCUCCUACUAAAUGCAUCUUCUUUUGAAACUUUGGGAGAUAGAGUUUUCUACAAUUUGCAUUUUCAGGCACAAGGAACUUUACCAAUUAACGUUCAAAUAUUAAGAGACAAGCUCUUAUCGUAUUAUGAGAAGGAAGACAAGUUAUUACCACCUUGGAUUUCUGGCUUCUUCACUACUUAGAAGCUUCAUAUAUUGCGAACACAUUUUUUUUAUUUACGCUGUCAUAUAUGGUGAACAUCAUAGUAUAUGUUCAAGAAACUGGUGACGAGUGCAGAAUGUUUGAUAAAAAUAAACUCCUACCGCAUCCUAAAUAGUAUAAGGAUCGAUUUGACGAUCUUUUUGAUAAUAUAUAUGAAUAAAUAAUAGUCAUAGUUUAAAUACUUUUCGAAUUUCAAGGAUUGGAAUUGUUUUUCUUGGACGAAGUUAUUUCAUGUCCC